ACAGCAGACACACAGUGUUAGUUUGACAGAUUUUCUAAAACUAUAAAACACUGAAAAUCAUCCGCCUUUACUCCAGUGUGUUACCGCCUAUAGACAGGACUUUACUAAAGUUUAGUCAUGAAAUUAUUUAUUUUUGUUCAUUUUGCCUCUUUCCGGGGAAAUAUUGGGACUGAAACAUGGAGCCCGACAGUUCUGGAAGUUCUGCUUUUUCUCCUGUUUUCUGUUCAUCCUUCAUCAGCAGGCUCACACACUCUGCAGUACCAACACACUGCUGUCAGAGGAAUAAAUUCCACAGAAUUCACUGCUGUUGGUCUGGUGGAUGGAGAGCAGUUUGUGUUCUAUGACAACAACAUCAAGGAGACGAUCCCAAAGACAGAUUGGAUACAGAAGAUCAGCGCUGAUGAUCCACAUUACUGGAAGAGAGAGACAGAACGUAUGCAGAAUGAAGAUUACAGACUCACAGUCACAUUGGGUCGCAUAAUGGAGUGUUUUAAUCAGACUCAAGGAGUUCAUACAGUCCAGAGGAUGUACGGCUGUAAACUCGACGAUAACACCACUAGAGGAUAUGAUCUGUACGGUUAUGAUGGAGAAGAUUUCAUGGGUUUGGAUCUGGAAACUGGAACCUGGACUGAAGCGAAACCUCAAGCUGGAAUCUUUUUAAAGGAGUGGGAUCCUACAGAAGCUGAAGCUAAAUACCGGAAGAGCUACCUGGAGAAUGAAUGUAUCGAGUGGUUAAAGAAGUUUGUGUCUUAUGGCAGAGAGACUCUGGAGAGGAAAGUUCGUCCCAAGGUGUUAGUGUUCCACAAACACUGUCCUUCUCCAGAGGUGGUGUGUCACGCUACAGGUUUCUUCCCCAAAGCCCUGAAUAUCACCUGGCAGAAGGACAGAGAGGACGUGAUUAAGGACGUGGAGUUCAAUGAGACAUUACCCAACCAGGAUGGAAGCUUCCAGAAGAGGAGCACUCUGAAAGUCCCAGCUGAGGAGCUGCAGAAACACAAAUACACCUGCGUGGUUCAGCACAGCAGCUUGGAGAAGGAUUUAAUCCUAGAAGUACCAAAAGGUAGAGGGCAGAUUGGAGUCAUCAUUGGUGUCCUUGUGGCUCUUGUUGCUGUUGUCGCUGCUGUUGUCCUCUGGAAGAAGAGGAACUCUGGAUUCAAACCUGUUCCCCCCAGACCCUCCUCUGAAGGAGAUUCUUCCUUCAGCAACUCAAUCAGUUGCUGUGGGGGUCUUCCUGCUGAAGUGAGACACAGUGAAUCUGAGACCAUGCUGGCGAUACAGAGCACGGCAUCUGAGACCUUUCCUCUUUACCCAACCUCUCCAGAUCGUCCAGGGUCCUCAGCUAACUAUGGUGCUGUCUCCUCUUCACCUCAGUCCACAGGUUUUCAAAGGGGUUCAAGUCAGGGGACUGAGAUGGCCAUGGCGGAAGGUUGAUUCUGUGCUCAGUGAACCAUUUUUGUGUUGAGGUGGACAUAUGCGUCAGAUCAUUGUCCUGCUGGAAGAUCCAGUGAUGAGUCAAUUUUAGUUCCCUGGCAGAGGAGCCAGAUUCUGAUUUAAAAUGUCCUGGUGUUUCAUGGAGUCCAUGAUGCAAUGUACCCAGACAAGGUUUCCAGGGCCUUUGGAGGAAAAACAGGCCCAAAACAUCACAGAACCUCCACUAUAUUUUACAGUUGGGAUUUGUUUCUUUUCAUGAAAGCCAUCUUUCUUUUUGUGCCAAACCCACUACGAGUGUUUAUUGCUAAAAAGCUCCAUUUUUGUUCCAUUGGACCACAGAAGAUGGCUCCAGUCAAAGUUGUUUCACAAAUUUUUGCUUAUGUUUGUGAUUAACUGACAGAAAUGUCUUUUUUUCUGGCAUCUUCCAAAUAAUCUGUUGGCAUGGAGGUGGAGUCUGAUGGUGGUUUUGGAGACUUGGAAAUCCCAAGAUUUUACUUUUUCUUGUAAUUCACCAACAGUGAUCCUUGUGGGAGUUUUUUUGUUUGUUUGUUUGUUUGCCUCUCUUACCCUCCUCUUCAGUGUAUGUGGGGUAAAAUAAACUUGGGUCCUCUUCCAGACAAGUUUGUAACAGUUCCAGGUGGUGACCACUUUUUGAUUUUUGCCCGAACAGUAGAAAUGGACAUUUUCAUGUGAACAGCUUUUUUUUUUUUUUUUUUACCAUUCCCUGACUCAUGAAGAUCAAUGCACUUCUUCCUCAUUUGGUUUGUGUGUUCUCUUAUCUUUCCCAUGUUUAUGGAUGACUAAGGGAAUUUGGCCUCUGUGUCACUUCAUAUUUGUUCCCCAGUGAAUCGGGACGUCAUGGAUUACAGUUUGAAUGUUCUACACACGCCAGUCAACUCAAACAUGUACAAUUUAAAUGGGAAACAUGCUUCAGUUACAUUCUGUUUAUUGUCCUUUCCUGGGGUGCCAAUAAUAGUGGCACGUGAUUUUGUUGAAAAUAAUUAUUUCUUGACGAGGGCUUUGUUUUUCUUUGAAGAAAUGUAUUUUAAUUAAUUGUUGGAUUUUCUUACUUUUCAGUGUGAGAUGGAGCGACUUCACUAAAAGAUGGAUUUUAUCAAACUCAAACCUUUUAUACUAAUCUUGAUAAGGGGUGCCAAUAAUUGUGGAAGGCCCUGUAUAAGCCGUUGUCCGAUUUGCUCGUGUUUCUGAAUGCUGUCCAAUCGCAGGGUAGAACGCGCACCUGCUCCACUUGGUUUCCAUAGAGUUAUACUGGCACCUAGUGGUCAUAACUGGGACCUGCAAUAUGAACAGAACUCCACUGCGGGACAUCCACAUGGCCGGGAUUUCUCCUGCCCCAUGCUCUCUCUAUGAACAUUCUCAGAGUAGGAGUGGACAUGACACUGUCUACUUUAAAACACCAGGGAGAGUUUAAAUACCCCACAGCUUCCAGAAGCUUGUUUUAUGUCAUGUUGUAAAUUUCCACAACCUGGCAAAAUAAACAAAAUUUUUGAUUGUAA